AUGUCUCGCGCGUUGCUUAUAACAGGGGCAACCGGAAAGCAAGGCGGCGGCGUCAUCAAAGCUUUGCUUGCUAGGAAUGCCGAUUUUAAAAUUUUAGCCGUCACAAGGGAUGUCACCUCACCAUCAGCAAAGAGGCUGGCCGCUGCAUCUCCAAACAUCACACUUGUUCAAGGAAAUCUAGACAAUACAGAGUCAAUAUUCCAAAAUGCUAAGAAAGCAAUCCGGGAGCCCGUCUGGGGAGUUUUUAGCGUUCAGCUACCAGCCAUGAACAAAACGGGUCCAAUCGUGGAAGAGGCGCAAGGCAAGGCUCUAGUUGAUUCGGCUAUCAAGCAUGGCGUGAAACACUUUGUCUACUCAUCUGUAGAUCGCAAUGGAGCCAAGUCACUUGAUAACCCCACCAACAUCCCUCAUUUUGUCAGCAAGCAUCACAUUGAGCACCACCUCAUCAACAGUGCCAAGGAUAAAAUGUCUUGGACGAUUCUCAGACCCGUGGCGUUUAUGGAAAACUUUGCAUCCGGGUUCGUCGGCAAGAUUUUUGCUACUGCUUGGAGAGAUGUAGUAAAGUCUCGCCCGUUACAGCUAAUUUCAACAGACGACAUUGGUACAUUUGCAGCUUUGUCGUUUAUGCAGCCGCAUCAAUUCUCAGGGAAGGACAUAUCGCUAGCUGGGGAUGAACUGUCAUAUGCCCAAGUAGAGGAGAUCUUCCGUAAGAAGACGGGGUUUCCACCGCCUACUACAUUCACAUUCAUGGCCCGUCUCGUUUUGAGAUUGUCGGAGGAAAUGGGGACUAUGUUUAACUUCUUUGAGAAAGAAGGGUAUGGUGCUGAUAUCCAAUCACUAAAGGAGAUUAACCCUGAUCUCAAGGAUUUAAGUCAGUGGUUGGCUAGCAGCUCACUAGCCAAGCCAUAA